UCUGUAUUCACUAGUCUUGUUUCUCUUGUCUUCAGGAAAAAGCUUGCUAACUAGCAACAUAUUUUCUGCAGCCUUGUCGGGGCUGAGCACUGCAUGAGAUAUUAUUCCGCAAGCUAACUGAUACAGAACUAUGGCCACAAGGAUACGACCGAGUAGCAAACGGUGCGCAGUCAUUGGUGGUUCAGGGUUCCUUGGGAGAUACCUGGUGGAGCAGUUACUGGAUCGAGGUUACAGUGUCUCAGUGUUCGACAUUCGCCAGACAUAUCAACUCCCCGGGGUUACCUUCCACCAGGGGGACCUGUGUGACAAGCAGGCUUUGCUUGCAGCUUUGCAGGGUGUGUCACUGGUGUUCCAUUGUGCCUCGCCUGCUCCCUCAUGUGAUGACCGGGCCCUCUUCCACAGGGUCAAUGUCAAUGGGACACAAACAGUGAUACAAGCCUGUCAGGAGGCAGGUGUACAGAAAAUGGUCCUGACCAGCAGUGCCAGUGUUGUGUAUGAAGGCACAGACAUUAAGGAUGGAACGGAAGAUCUGCCCUAUGCCAAGAAGCCUAUUGAUUACUAUACAGAAACCAAGAUCCAACAAGAGAGGCUGGUUUUGGAGGCUUGUGACACUGAGAAAGGGUUCCUCACUGUUGCCAUUCGUCCUCACGGGAUCUUCGGCCCUCGAGACCCCCAGCUUGUCCCUAUCCUAGUGGACACAGCCCGUCGGGGAAAGAUGAAGUGCAUUAUUGGUGAUGGGAAAAAUCUGGUGGACUUCACCUUCGUGGAGAAUGUCGUGCAUGGACAUAUCUUGGCUGCAGAGCGCUUGCGGCCUGAAUCCCCUCUUUGUGGCAAGGCAUAUCACAUUACGAAUGAUGAGCCUGUGCGUUUCUGGGACUUCAUGUCCCAGGUCUUGGUGGGGCUCGGUUACGACCCUCCUCGAUACCGUCUGCCCUACUGCCUGGUGUACACUUUGGCUCUGCUGCUAUGGCUGCUGGUGCUGCUCCUGCGUCCUGUUCUACAGCUGCGACCCACAUUCACACCUAUGCGCGUGGCCCUUGCCGGCACACACCACUACUACAGCUGCGCUCGUGCUAAGCGGGACAUGGGCUACCAGCCGCUCGUCAGCCUGAAGGACGGAAUUGCUCGCACUGUGGAGAGCUACUCUCAUAUACGUAAAGGAGUCUGA